AUGGACGAGCUAGAGGCUACUCCGAGCCAGAGCCCAGUCCGUGGGGUCGAGUUGGUGCGUCAGGCCUGCACAGUGCACAAAGAUCGCCGAGGCAGUUGCCCAGGUUGUGGCGGAAACCAUGAGCGGAAGAGUUGUCGUUUCAGGGAUGCUAUGUGCCGGACGUGCGGAAAGACGGGUCACAUCGCCAGGGUCUGUAGAUCGGCGGCGUCGGGAGCAACAGGAGCACCUAGACUGGAGCAUCGCAGACCGCCCACAGCAACUCGUUUUCUAAAGGACUGCCACUACGUAACGGAGAUCAACGGGAGGGCCGUGCAGUUUCCAGCGCAAGGCAAGGCACACGUCAAGGUGAAGAUUGAGGGUCAGCAGUGCGACAUGGAGGUGGACUCCGGAUCUGCAUUCACCAUCGUGUCGGACCAGACCGCGAAGACAUUCUUCCCCAGGGGUAAGUUGCCCCCUCUGGAGCCCUUCCCGGCAACCUUGCAGUCGUACUCAGCAGGCCGCAUCCAUGUUAUGGGAAUGUGUGCCGUGAGAGUACAGUUCCGGGACAAACAGGCUGUACUCAAACUGGUGAUUGCGAAGGGCAGUCGCCCCAGUCUCCUGGGCACUGACUGGUUCCCCGCCCUGGGACUGAGUAUCUCAGGGCUUAAUUCAAUCCAAACCUGCCCUGAGAUGAGUGAGGCAUUAUGCAAGGAAUUUGCUGGUCUCUUUAAUGGAAAACUGGGUUGUUAUAAAGGGCCCCCAGUUGACUUCGAGUUGGACCCCGGUGUGGCCCCAAUCCGACUCAAACCAAGGCGAGUGCCAUUUGCACUGCAACCCAAGAUCGAGGCAGAGCUGGAUAAAUUGGUCAAGCAGGGAGUUCUCUCACCCGUGGACUCUGCUAAGUGGGAGACUCCAAUCGUCACGCCCCUUAAAGCAAAUGGGGAAGUCAGGAUAUGUGCAGAUUACAAAUGUACUAUCAAUAAGGCACUCAGGGGAAACUCAUACCCCAUUCCAGUCGUAUCACAUCUGUUGGCUAAACUGGCUGGGGGCAAGGUGUUCGCCAAAAUUGACCUGGCACAAGCUUACCAACAGCUGCCAGUAACCCCACAAUCAGCGGAAGCACAGACUAUUGUCACACAUAAAGGGGCGUUCAGAGUUAACAGAUUACAGUUCGGAGUUUGUGUGGCCCCAGGGAUUUUUCAAGGGCUCAUGGAACGCCUGUUAAGAGGUCUGCCGGGGGUCUUGCCAUUUUUUGAUGACGUUUUGAUUGCUGGAAAAGACCCACAGGAACUGGUUGCGCGUGUCCGUGCAGUGUUGCUCAAGUUCAAGGAGGUGGGGUUGCAACUGAAAAAAGAAAAAUGCAGUUUUGGGGUGCCAACUGUGGAUUUCUUGGGGUUUAAAAUUGAUGCAUCAGGCAUCCACCCCACAGAUGCUAAGAUUAAGGCCAUCAUCGAGGCACCACGACCACAGAACAAGACGGAGUUGCAGUCAUUCCUGGGACUUAUUAACUUUUAUCAUUCGUUCUUACCCCAGAAAGCUUCGGUAGCUGAACCAUUACAUAGACUAUUGCAGAAAAAGAAUGUGUGGCGAUGGGGGCGGGAGCAGCAGAAGGCUUUUGACUCCUUGCGAGGAAUGCUGAGUAGCAGGAGCGUCCUUGCUCAUUAUGAUGAGUCAAAGCCGCUGGUCCUGGCAUGUGAUGCCUCUCAAUACGGUCUGGGGGCUGUGCUGAGUCAUAGGGAACCGGAUGGGUCGGAAAAGCCCAUCUCUUUCUAUUCCCGUACGUUGUCGCCCACAGAGCGCAACUAUGCUCAAAUUGAUAAAGAGGCACUGGCUAUUGUGUCCGGAAUCAAAAGGUUCUAUGAUUAUUUGUACGGUCGCCAUUUCUCCAUUGAAACGGACCACAAACCACUGUUAGGGUUGUUCAACCCAAACAAACAAACGCCACAAAUUCUCUCCCCCAGAAUGUUGCGUUGGUCAAUAUUCCUGAAUGGGUUCCAGUACACCUUGACCCAUGUGCCGGGGAAACAGUUGUGCCAUGCUGAUGCGCUGAGUCGAUUGCCCCUUCCUGGCGGGAGCAAUGAGGAUCCUGCUCCGGCGGAGCACAUUAUGAUGCUAGAAACACUUCCGGGGGCUCCUGUAACAGCUACGGAUAUAGCUGAGAAAACUAGGAAAGAUGCUGUUCUCUCCCGUGUGCUCACUUGGGUGGGGAGGGGGUGGCCAGGUGGUCCGCAUGAAGAAAAAUUCAGGCCUUAUGCGACAAGGCAGCACGAAUUGUCCAUGCAUAAGGGUUGUCUCCUAUGGGGAGAUAGGGUGAUCAUCCCAGCACCACUGAGAAACAGGGUUCUUGAGACGCUUCACAUGGGACACCCGGGAAUGGUCAGGAUGAAGUCGCUAGCCCGAUGUUAUGUGUGGUGGCCUGGAAUGGACCAGAACAUAGAACAAUGGGUACGAACAUGCAAGGCAUGCCAAGAGGUGCGGCCAGAAGUGGCCAGAGCACCAGUCCACUGGUGGGAGCAGUCCAGGACUCCCUGGAGCCGGCUGCACAUAGAUUUUGCUGGGCCAUUCCAAGGGAAGGUCUUUUUGGUUAUCGUUGAUGCAUAUUCCAAAUGGUUAGAAGUGGCGAUGGUCCCUAGCAUGGCAUCAGCUGCCGUAAUCAAGGUGUUGAGGCAGCUGUUUGCAACCCACGGGUUACCUGAGACCAUUGUAUCAGAUAAUGGGGCAGCUUUUGUAUCCCAAGAAUUCAGGGCAUUCUUGGCUGAUAACUUCAUAAGAGGGGUCACAUCCGCGCCCUUUCACCCAUCCUCCAAUGGGCAGGCUGAGCGCAUGGUACGAACAGCCAAAGAAUCCAUUGCGCGCUUAAUGGAGGGUAACUGGUCGGCUCGCAUUGCACGAAUGUUAUUUUUGCAGCAUGCGACGCCGUGUACUGCGACGGGCAAGUCGCCAGCCGAGCUGCUCUUAGGUAGAAGACUGGUAACGGUGCUGGAUUAUGUCCACCCAGAUAAAAUGCCAAACCGUAAUUCAAGAGCAACCCCCCAGGAUGAGACUGACACAACAAGGUAUCUCGCCCCUGAAGAUCUGGUCUGGGUGAGGAACUAUUCACGAGGUCCGCGGUGGGUGGCCGGUGUGAUCACCCGGGCUAGUGGACCUGUGUCCUAUUAUGUGACCUUGGAAACACCCACCCAGGACUUUCUCCUGGCCUCCCCUCGGGAUGUCCGGGACCAGCUAACUGCAAGCGGGAAGGAGGCGAGCGUGUCCCCUUUUCCCCGACGGAAGCGCGAGCGAGAGGGCGCUAAGCCUGUCCGGUCAGCCAGCCUUGCCUCGACCGGGAGCGGGUCGCCUUGGAGUUCGCCCCGCGGGCUGCUCCGGCAGCAUCUGCAGCUAGAGGCGGAGCAGGCGGGCGGCGAGCAGGGACUGCCUUCCUUUCGCUCACUCCUUCUCCAGAAGCGCAGCCGCUGCCGCAAGGACCGAGCCACCCGCCAGCCCGCCCCCUCCAGGGAGCGCUUCUCGCGCCAAGCUCCUCGGAGUCUUUUCCAAAAUGCCAUCUGGGGGACUUUGAUGUGCAUCGCCUGA